AUGGCUUCCGGGGCACAGCGCGAACCCGGCGAGCCUACGCGCCACCGCGUUGGAGAGCAUUGGAGUGGUGCCAAUCCUGUUCCAACAGUCCAGAAAUUUAUCGAACAUCUCGACGAGGAAAAGAAGGAGCGCGACAAGCGAAUCGACGAUGAGAAUCAGGUCAAGAAGGAAGAGGCUGCGAAAAAGAAAGAUAUGGAGAGGAGAGGAGAAGACCCGAACGAGGCACAGAAUAAUGGAGAUGUCAACAAACACAAACCACGCGAGGUCUCGCAAGCGAAGAUUCGCACGGUGACCGAUCCCACUACUGGCAAGGAUAUCGGCGUCGAGGAUCAAGAUGAGACCUCGAUGGAAGCAGUCAAAAACCCUAUGUUGACUGUCCCUAAUGCUAAUCUUGGGCAACCCACCGAUGUACAAACAAGACACGAUCAAGAAUUCUCGGAGUAUAAGGAGAACCAGGAUAUCACGGCGCCCCCGGAUCCAAUUGCGGAGGGCACAACAUCCGAUGUUCCCAUUCGUGGUGAAAAGACAAAUGUGCUCUUUCAUCCUACGCCGACUAUUUCAUAUGGGCCGAUGUAUGAGAAGCUGGAGAAGACUGCGAUGGGGCUGUGCAUCGCCAUAUCAUUCGGUAUCAUCGUUCUAGGGCGGACCUUUGGAGGUUCCCUGUGGGGUCUCAUUCCGCUCGCCGGAUGCAUUACAAGCGGCGUGUGGCUGUGGAUGCACGAAGUUAUCCGUAGUGGUAAAGAGAUGGAAUGGAGCAGCGAGCAACUCCGUGGACAGACCGCAACUGCAAACCUUCUCCCAGAAUCAGUCGAAUGGAUGAACACCUUCCUCGGCGUCAUCUGGGGGCUUGUCAACCCCGAUAUGUUGCAACCUGCCGCGGACACGAUUGAAGACAUCAUGCAAGCCUCCGCCCCAAAGGUGGUUGAGAAUGUCCGAAUUGCCGAAAUCGAUCAGGGUAACAACCCAAUCCGCCUCCUCAGCAUGCGCGCUCUGCCAGACAGUUAUGUCCAGAACCUUAAGGACAAUAUACAUGACGAGAACAGGAAGAACAAGGAUCCACAAGAAGCUGCCGCCGCUGAAGAGGGAGGUAGCUACUACAACAUGGAAGCAGCCUUUGCAUAUCACGCAAAGCCAUCCGGCGCAAGCACUUCCGCCAAGGCUCGCAACAUGCACAUGCAGCUGGUUUUCUACUUGGGAAUCCGAGGCCUGUUUGGCGUCCCAUUCCCCGUAUUUGUUGAAUUGACCGAGUUGGUCGGUACGGUUCGUCUGCGCUUGCAAUUGACCCCUGAGCCACCAUUUGCAAAGGAAGUCACCUUUACCCUCGUCGGUAUUCCACACGUCAAGGCCGGCUGCGUGCCCAUGUUGCGGAAAGGAGUCAAUAUCCUCAACUUGCCCUUGAUCUCCAAGUUCGUCAACUAUGCCAUUGGCGCAGCUUGCGCCAUGUUUGCUGCUCCCAAGUCGAUGACUAUGGACUUAAGUAUGCUGCUCAAGGGUGAUGAUAUUGAAAAGGACACUCAGGCUUUGGGUGUUAUGUGGAUUCGAAUCCAUCGUGCUAUUGGUUUGAGCAAGCAGGAUCGCCGUGGUAGCGAGGGUGGUGGUAGUGACCCGUACAUCAACCUUUCCUUCUCCAAGUAUGGAAAGCCUAUGUACUGCACGCGUGUUAUCACGGAUGACCUCAACCCCAUCUGGGAAGAGACUGCUGCACUGCUGGUCACUCCGGAACUGAUUAAGGCUAAUGAGAACCUGAGUAUCGAGCUUUGGGACUCUGAUCGCAACACCGCGGAUGACAUUGUCGGAAAGGUUGAAAUACCCAUCCACGAGCUGCUCGAGCACCCCGGCCGGAUGUACCCACAGGUCUCCAAGCUCCAGGGUCUUGAGGUGGAGAGUGAGAUGCCCGGCCAGCUCCACUGGGAAGUCGGGUUCUUCGGCAAGCCAAAGCUUCGCCCAGAGCUGCGCACUGAUGGCAAGAAGAAGGACCUCCCCGAGAGCCUGAAAGGCGACCCGACCUUUGAGGAUGAGAAGGGCACUAUCACUAGCGAAGAGGAGGAUGCAGUUAUGCACACUCCACCAGAUCCCAUCUGGCCCAGUGGUAUUGUUCACAUCGUUGUGCACCAGAUUGUCAAUCUGCAGCUUGCCAACAUCAAGGGCAGUGAUGGAAAUCGCAAAGGCAAGGAGUACGAGCCUGCGAAAGCGUCUGGUGAAAACACUGAAGAAGAGGGAGGUGAAUUGCCUACGAGCUACUGCAAGAUCAUGCUCAACGACCAACUGAUCUACCGCACUAGAGCCAAGGCCGUGAGCUCCAAGCCCAUCUUUAAUGCCGGAACAGAACGCUUCAUCCGCGAUUGGCGCUCUGGCGUAGUAACCGUCACCGUGCGAGACCAGAGGUACCGCGAGCAUGACCCGAUCCUUGGUGUCGUCCCCAUCAAACUUUCCGACCUCCUCCAGACCAGCUCGCAGGUCACUCGGUGGUACCCAUUGGACGGUGGCGUUGGAUUCGGACGCAUUCGUAUCUCAAUCCUGCUCCGUCAUGUAGAGACCAAGCUGCCGCCCACCAUGCUAGGCUGGGACGUUGGCACAUUCGAGUUUGCUUCUGACAAGGUUGUCGCCAAAGACUAUGGUCAUUACACCAAGAUCAAGAUGCGCACCGGAGGUAGUGUGGGUAAGCUCUCGCGGCGUUUCUGCCAUAUGGAUGGAAAUGAUGCCACGUUCGAUACCUCGGAUGAGAGCUACCGCGACUCGCUGCGUAUGCCAGUCAAGCACCGGUAUCGUUCGCCCAUAGUCUUCGAGUUCCACACCAAGGGAAAACGAGGCGCUGCGGCAUAUGCCGUUCUGUGGUUGCAGCAUCUAGUCGACAACGAAAAGACCGACAUUGAUAUCCCAAUCUGGACAACCAAGGCCGGCACCCGUCUGACACAGAACUACAUCACCGAAGCGAACUGGCGCGCCAAGGAAGUCCCCGGUCUGCAAGAUUUGACAGAAGUCGGACGCCUCCAAUUCAGCUGCCAAUUCUCUGCCGGCAUUGAUGAAUCCCACGAGGCAUUCGUGGUAGACAACGACUCGCGCGAGACUUUUGAAACAUGGGAAGCAUGCAUGGCCCAGGGAGUCCGAUCCCGCAGCGUCUCGAUCGAAGUGCCCCAAGAAGUUCAAGAGAAGCACGAACAAUCCCUCGUUGACGGCCGCGACGUCCUCAAGCAGGCCGACCCUGCCGAGCGCCGCCGCUGGAUCGACCGCGAAGGACACGACUGGAGCGGUGCAUUCGGCGAUGACCCUCGCGCCUACACCGAUUCUCAUGGCCACAAGAUCGCCGAGCCAGGAAAGGACAAGCCUCCUCAUGAUCCAGUCACCCCGCCCCCACUCAAGGGUCAGCCUUCCUUGCGCUCCUCGCAAUCCGGAGGGGCUGAUAGAGUUGACGGCUCCUCCACCUCCGGCGAGUCCGAGGACGAAGAGGAGAAGUCGUCGAAUGAGCCGUCGACCGUCAGCCCCACUGCGACUGCUUCUUCGUCGCAAGCGAAUACCAGCCAGACCGAUAAGGCGAAUAAACGCAGCGAUCAACGUCAGCAGCGUGGCUUGAUGCAGUGGCGUCCUGCGCGCAACGCGCAGUUUGCGAAGGACGAGGCGAAGUUUGCGUUGCGCAAACUGAAGAAGAAGAUUGGAGCUGGUGAUCUUACUGGCCGUGAGCCUGAUAUUGAGACGGAGACUUGA